AGACCAUCCCUGUCCAUAUUUGACGACGGCGAUCUCCCUCGUACAUACAACUACUGCGAGAUACACUACAGCAGCGAAAGCGGGAUGCCACGCAAAACAAGAGCAGCGGCCAAGGCGGAGGAGGCCGUUUUGGUUGACACGGACGCGCCCCAGGAGGUGCCCCUGCCACCGACUCCAAAGCAUGAGCGAGAGCGCGAGCCACUUCGCAGCAUUACGCCAAAUAGCGUCGAUAGUAUUGAUAAUGACAGAGCCGGAGCUGAAGAGCCUACAAAGGGGAAGCCGAAGAAGGGGAAGAAGGCCGGCGUGAAAAAGAAGGGGAGGAAGGCGAAAAAUGAAGCAUUGGAAGAGGAGCCUAAGGUAGUCGAGGAGUCGACCCAGGAUUCGAAUGAAGAUACCGAACAGCCGCCCGACAGUGCUGUCGAAGUUGCAGAGGAAACACCUGCUCCUGUCGAAUUACAAGUGGAGGAGCCUGUUGCGAAGCCGGUACUUGACGAGCGUCCAGCGUCCAGCCUGGGACGAUCAACCCGGAUGACGCGACGACAGCAAGCAUUGGCUGAGGCAGAAAAGGAGGUUGCUGAGCCAAAGGCGAUUGCUGGCGAGCUUGUCUUGAGUCCGCCAGAGCCCGAAAGAGUCGACGAGGCUAUGCUGUCACCAGUCCCGACCGUUGCUGAUGAACCGCAACCAAAUGGGUCGCUCUCUCCUCUCUUGCAAGAGCUGCCUGAUCGCACCCGCCCGGAGCCAUUGAGCUUAGUCGCAUCGAAUGCAACCUCAAGAAGAUCGUCGCAAGUGCAGGACCCUAUUGAGGCAAUUGACGCACUCGAGGACGAAAUAGAUGAGGUCACGAAGAUCAUACCAGCACUAGACUCACCUACCUCACCCGUUAAGGUUAAGGCGACGGCCAAGGCAGAGCAGCCAAAGUCCGUUAAGCCAAGUUGUGUCGCAACAGCAAAGUCUGCCGUUGCUCGUACUGCUAAACCUGGUGCGACGAGUCAGUCUGCAGCUGUGGCUCGCAAUCGGUCUCUAGCGGAACCCAAGAGAUCCACCACCACGCUUUCGAGGUCGUCGAGCACGAAAGGGCGCCCCACGUCCGUCAUCAUGGACUCGAAGAACAAGGAUACAACAAAAGAUGAUGCCAAGGAGGGCGAUGCGCCUGACUAUCUCGCCGCAAAGCGUCGCCCCAUUUCAAUUCACUUCCCUACUCCUCCACCUCCGCCAAAAUCUAAGAAGGCGCCGACAACGUCGAACUUUGUUCUGCCAGGCGAAGCAAUUGCCGCGAAACUGAAGGCUCAGCGUGCGGAGCGUCAAAAGCGGGGGGAAGAGGAGGCUGCCAAGAGACGCGAGUUCAAGGCUCGCCCUGUGCCGACGAUCAAGCCGAAGCCUGUGGAGGUAAAGCAAACUGCAGCGAGUCGAGCUCGACUGGGGCUGGAGCCUGAGAAGGAUAACGCAAGUGGACUUAAGCGAAGCGCAACUGUGACCGGCGCGACAUCUUCAACAAGCAAGCGUAAUAGUUCAGUGGCAUCAAAGCGAUCCAGCGUCAUCGGGGCACCGAAACCAUCCACGGCGGCAACAGCGACAACGUCGACCAGCACAGCCCAGAAACGAUCAAGCUUGGUCGCCUCAAAGCCUGUCAUCGGAACAAAGCCACGUCCAACACCCGUUGCCCCCGCGUCUCAUCCCGCCCCUAGGAGUGUCUCGGCAUCUGAAGCUGCAGCCCAGCGUCUGAAGGGGAAAGAGGUCUACAACCGGGACAAAGUCGAAAAGGAGGCGCGGGAGAGGGCGCAGAGGGAAAAGGACGAGGCGAUCAAGAGAGCGAGAGCCGAGGCGGCGGAGCGAGGUCGACAGGCAAGCCGCGAGUGGGCUGAAAAGCAGAAGAGGAUUGCUUUGGAGAAGAAGAUGAAGGAGCAGGCCGCAAGCGGUGGUGUCUCACCUAUCCAGGCCAGCAAUCCAACUGCUGCUGCUUAGGCUCUCGCUAUUGGACUGGCAGGUGUUCUUUUUAUGGCGAGCAAAAGGCGGUGGCAUGUUUGUGUUUGUGCGUGGGCAUAGAUUCUCUCGAGCAGGACUUGUGCCUUUGAUUCGUUAUUCUUGACUUUUGAUCGCGAUAUACCAGGAUGAUGCGUGAUAGCGGGGCGCUUUUGGUAGUCUUUAACAUGAAUUGAUUGUUCUCGACCGAUGCCGUCAAGAUGGAAAAAUCCGAG